UUUUUAAUCCCGGAAAUCGGGAAAUAAGAGCCAGGUGCAAUGAACAAUGAUAAUACACAUAAACUGGAAGCCCACUUGGGUUUGACGACGGAGAAACUAAAGGGGAAUGUUAAACUAUGCAAAGAGGAACAAGAGUGCGAUGUAAAUGUUAGACUCGUAAAAGAGGGGAUGAAAGGGGACGAAGCAGAGGAGGUCGGACUUGAAAGUUUGGAUUUCCAUUCUCUACUCGCCGGUAACGACGAGGUGAUGAGGAUGACAAGACAUUGGAUACUUAAUAUUCUCCAUACAUUCAUCUACGUAUUUAUUUGCACAUGGCCCAUUCUUUUUCAUCAAAUUCAAGAGAGUACACAACUGAUAAUAAAGUCAAUCAAUGUACCACCAUUGGUGAAAGCAGGGGAAGUAGAUUACGUGAUAUUAGAUUGUGAUUAUGAUCUUCAAAAUGUAUCAAGCGAUGGAUUAGUUGUUAAAUGGUAUUUUAAUAAUGAUAAUGUGGAAUACCAAUGGAUUUACGGACAUGAACCUCGAGCCGAUCCCAGUGCCAGUCAUAUUGAUGUUGGAUACAAAGCUAGUGAUGAUCCUUACACUAUGUAUAGAGCCAUGAAAUUAAACAAUCCAACUAUUAAUCUUACUGGAGAUUACAGUUGUGCAGUAUUUACAUAUUAUGAUGAAGAAAUAGCAGAAGCUAGUAUGAUUGUUUAUUCUACAGAAGAAAAAUUUGAUUUGGAACAUCGAAAAAAAAUAAUCAACGGUAAAGAAGGAAUGGAAGUGACGUGCCUUGCAGAAGGGUUAUAUCCACAACCAACAAUGGACAUCACUGUCAAUGAUGUUCCACUCAAUCAGACGGAAAAACCAGAUUUAAUAAUGAGGGAAGAUGGCAAAUAUGAUAUCAUACUCCAAGUGGCUAUGAAAGAUGAAGAUUUACCAAAUGAUGAAGAGAUACUUGUUAAAUGUAAUCUUAAUAUACCACGAGCUAAUUACACUCGAGAAUUAGUAUACUAUGCUGGAUUGCCAACCAGUACCCCUUCAGUAACGACGAAUUUGCUGCGAAAAAUGGAGAUCCAGGCAAUAAACAGCUCAGAGCCGGAUACUGACAAUGGUGGUGGUGGCAUUGCUCCCAAUUUCACUGUUAAUUUUGCGUUAAUUGUUGUUACAUUCUUUACUCUGAGCCUCAUCCAUUGAUGAUCAACAUCUUCAUCAAGAUUUAAUGCAGCAAUUCACUAUGACUCACAAUGGGAUGGUUCGAUCAUCAGAACUGGCAAUGAAACCAAAUUCAAAUAUUCGGCGAUUAAGUUCUUUUUGUUUUAUAUCAUGCAACAAAUUUAAAACUCAUUUUUUUUUGUAAAAAAAAAGGAUAUAUUUUUUUAUUCUUUUUAAUCUAAUAUUCAUACGAAUUUAGAAAUAAUUGAAAUGAUAAGAAUUAUGAUAAUGAAAUAUGAGGUUCUUUUUAUCCCGUGAGGUACAAGUACAAAGUGAAAUUUAAAUUUAAUUACAUUAUAUUUUUAGAGUAUCUUUCGAUAAAAUGAAAUAGAACUAAAAAUAAAAAGUUUACCGCGAAAGUAAAAUUAAGGUCAACUACUUUGUCUGUAUUACGUGCACAUACUCUGUUAAAACAAAAAUUACAUUUAAAGAUUUUAAAGUCGAUAACUAUCUAUUUAGUAGCCAAAGAAGAUCUAGUUUUUUUUUUUUUACAAUAAAUAAGUUUUAACUAUUUAAAAAGUGAUUCAACAUUUUGAUUUUUUUUUUACAUUAUAUUUUGAUAAAUACACACUAAUAAACUUGUCAUAAUACCAAAAAAUAAAAAAAAAAAAAAUAUGAAAAGAAUGUAAUUUGCCAAAAAAAAAAAAAAACUUUAAAUAGAGUAUUAAGUUAUAUUGUAUAAAUACGUUUUACUAAUUAUAAUAAAAUAUUUAAUGAAUAUUGUAAAUAUGGUGAAAAAAAGAUCAAGAAGUUAUUAGUGUACUCAUAAAUAAUUGUACAGUAUAAAAAUGAAGUUUGUAAAAA